AUGGAACACACCCAAGCAUCGCCAUUUCUCAAGCCCGUAAUCACGCCCAAGCGCAAAGCCCAGAUCUCGACAGCACCAGCCGCUUCUUCUCAGUCGGUACAACAAAGGCAGAUUGAGGAGAGAAGUGAACUGGCGCAGGCAAUUCAACGAAGUCCAGACUGGAGCAAUGGAAGCCUGCAGCCUGCUGGGCUGUUCAGUCGUGCAGCCACUCGAGGCAGUUUCUCACUUGGAAGCAUAUUGAAUGCUUCAGAAUCGACCACUUCAGAGGCACAGCAAGAAGAGUCGCGGAUCCCUGCAGAUGAUCCAAUUCAACUUGGUCUCCUCAAUUCUUCCAUCGCCUCGUCUCUGUUCGAAAAUUUCAUGGAAUCUCUCAAUCCAUACAUAAGCCAAUUGGACCCGUACCUGCACACCUUCAGCCGGACCCGACAGGAGUCUUCAUUCCUUCUGACGGCAAUCCUAUCCGCAGCCUCAAAGGCAUUCAAUCCUGCUCUAUAUAAGAGACUCCGCGACCAUGCAGAAGGUAUCCUUGCCUCUACGUUCAGAAAAGGAACCAAAUCAGUUGAGACUGCCCAAGCGGUGAUGAUCUUGACCUAUUGGAAAGAGUCUGAAGACACACGUGCCUGGAUGCUCCUGGGAUACGUGAUCAGGAUGGGCAUGGAAUUGGGCUGGCAUCGGCUGGCUCCUUAUUCGCCGCAAUCAAACGCGGCCAUGGACUUGGAGCGACGUCAAGCCAGGAACAUCGAGAGAACCUGGCUGAUUCUCUUUGUUUACGAUCGAAGUCUCGAAUCUCUCCUUGCAAUCAUCAAGAGCAGAAUCGAGGAGUGGGAGUCGAGGUGGCUCAGGGUCGCAGAUCCAGCCGAGGCGUCGACGGUAACAGAUCUUCCUGAGCAUCGUGACCAGCUUCGGGCUGGCGAGCGGGACACGACACGCGAGAUCGGGUAUGCCGCAACUUCAGGUCGAGCUUUCGGCCAGGCGGAAGGCGCACUGAGUUUGGAUUUUGCAGAUGAUGAGACCUGGGUUGGACUCAUGGCUGAAGCUGGUUUCAAUACUCAAGAUGGUGUAUUUUUUGCUUGA